UCCAAGUGCAGACAAAACGACGGAAAAAAAGCAGUCGAGAACGAGAGGAGGAAGAAGAAGAAGAUGAUGUCCAGGAGACCCGCAUCUAGUCCGGGUCGGGUCGAGAAGUAUCCACCGCCAUUGAUGCGGUUCUUGAGGAGCAGUAGCAUCGGCGUUGGCGCCAUCAGCAGAAGCCGGAGCCGGAGCAGAGGAAGGUCGCGCUCGAGCCCUCUGUUCGUCCGGCGGAGCAAGAGCUCCUCCGCCGCCGCCGUCGCCGCUUCCGCCGCAGUGAACCAAGAACCGUCGUCUCCGAAAGUCACUUGCAUGGGACAAGUCCGAAUCAGGCGAUCCAAGCCGCAAACCCGACCAGGGUCAAAUGUAGACCCGACCCGUCGCUGCAAGUGGAUCCGAAACGCCUUACUCCGCCGUCGAUUCGCCGGGAAACUCAAGACAUGGUCUUUUAAUCGCGCUUGGACCAAGUGGGCAUCAUUCUCGAUUCCAAAGUUCCGGCGAAACUCGAAGCGUAAGGAGAAUUCUCCGGGAAACGAACCGAGUCCUCGGGUCGACCCGGAUUCAGUUAGGGACAACGGUCGAGAAUCACACGAGGGAGAAGAUGAAUGGGAGAAUUACAGAAACCCUAGAAGAAUGUUUGUAUCUCCGGCUUCGACGCCGCCGAGAAACGCAUUGUUGUUGACCAGAAGCAGAUCUGCUCCGUACAGAUCGUCAUCACUGGCUUUCAGAUUCUGGGAGUCCGAUAGCCAACGGGAAACAGAGGAACCAAACAGCAGAGAAGAAGCAGAGGAAGAAGAUGAAGACGGAGAGCGAAAUUUCCGGUCGGAAGGAGAGUCCAUUGACUCCAUUUCGAGAAACUCGGUUCAGGAUCCGGAACCUGACACAGUAACCGCCGGAAAAACCGAAGAAGACGACGCGAAAUCUGAGAAGAAGGAAGAAACAGACAAAGAGGCGUCGGAGUCAGGGAUUGUACGGACGCCGGCGCUUGGUCGGAGCAAAUCGGGGCCGGCGAGAAUCGGGGAGAAGACGGCAAGGGGAUGGCUUCUGGAUGAAGUAGAAGGCUGUGAAUUCCGUCGCUCUCCUCCCCCCGAACUGCUUGAAAUAUUCGAACAUGACCAGCAGAGAUCCAAAACUCGCGUAAUCAGAUACGCUGAAGAUUUUCUCUCAGAAGUUGGUUUGUUCCUCGAAUCAGAGAUUCUCCCUCCCUAGAUCUGAGCAUUGCGCGGGUAUAUUCGGAGGAAGAUGAGUGUGAUCGAUAUUCUGACUAGAGUUGACGCGAUCUGCAAGAAGUAUGA